AUAUGAGUGACUGUUGAAACAAUUAACUUUAGAUUAAUUAUUAAUUGUAAUCAUCUUUUUCUUAUCCGUUUCUUGCUGCUGAUUCUUAAUCUGAGAGAAAAGUUUUGACAAUUAAAUUGAUUAUUAUUAAUUUGAUUGUGGUGAUGAUGAGAUGAAGAAAAGUCGAUUAAUUUAAUUGUGAACUUAUCUAUCCCCUAACUGAUUAUCUUAAAUUGUUAAUUACUUUUUUCUUAAAAUUAUUGUUUCUUUUUUUUUUCCUCGUUACAAAAUGAAUAUUAUUUGGAUUCAAUUGAUUUUAAUUACUACAAAUACGAUUGGACUGGAAGCAGGAGGUGACAAAGGAGGUGGCGAUGUGAUCAUCAUUGGUGCAGGUAAUGGUGGCGGUGGUGGAUCAGGUUGGGGUGGCGGUGGUGGUGGCUGGGGAAGUGGAGGAGGAAUGCCAAUGAUGGUUUAUGAAGGAGAUGAUGAUGAUGACGAUGAUAAGGGAAAAGGUAAAGGUAAAGGAAGCAAAGGAAAAGGCGGAAGUUCACCUACAAUUAUUAUCAUCGGUGGAGAAGGUAACAAAGGAAGUGGUGGCGGAGGAUGGGGUGGCGGUGGUGGUGGAUGGGGAGGAGGAGGUGGUGGUGGUGGUGGUAAUGGAGGUGGAGGUGGAGACGGUGGAGGAUGGGGAAUGAGCUCUGGAGGCUGUGGAGGAGGUUGUGGAGGAUCGUCUAUGAGCCCGAUACAAUAUUUACCGAUUCCUGUUCCGAUGACCAGUAAAAUGAUGAGGUCAACUGGCUGGGGAAUGGCUGGUGGCGGUGGAGGGUCAAGCUCGGCGGCAAGUAUGAUCACUCCAAUGGUUUGGGGUUAAAUUGUUUCCAAUUGAAUAGUCAAAACAAUUUACCUCUUAUUUUUAAAAGUUGCAGGAAACUUUUAGUUUAAUAUGAAAAAAUUAACUCAUUUAACUAAUUAACUAAAAUUUACUUAGAUAAAUCAA